UGUGCAUGCAUCUAAGUAUGAUUGAUGGUUUGAUUGGCUGUGCUGAUGACGGGUUUUCCUCUCACUCCACUGACUCUAUGCAUAGCAGAUCUGUGAAGAUUGUGAAAGUAAAGGCAAAAAAGAAAGCAAAAAUUUGUCUUUAAUUUAAAAUGUUUUCAUGCUUUUAUUGCAAUCUGGUCAGUGAGGAGGGUAGUGGGACAGUGGAAGCACUUCCUAACACGAUAAAUCAGUUAAGUGGAGAUGAGGAGCUCAGGGGCAAGAAGGCAAACCUGUUUCUUCACUAUUAUUAACCCCUUGCUUUCUGUGCAGGGCAGGCAUGAGAUUAGAGCGAAAGCAGCCGCGAAGGGAAGUGAGAUGGGGGGGGUGUAAGCAUCGAAGCAAGAGGGAGGGAGGGGAGUGAGAGAAAGGGAGCUGCGCUGCGGUAGCAUCCCACAGCAGACGGCUGAGGAUCGCCGGGGUGUGUGUGACUGCACUGCUGAAGAGGAGGAGGAGGAGGGAAAGGCAGAGCACGCUCGCAGACUCUGCAGGGCCACAGAGGAGUGUACAGCAGCAGUGCUUGGCCCGCACCAGGUAGAAGUCCCUGUGCCGUCACCCGCAGACCACCGUUUUAUGCCCUGCCAACAGCGCCAAGACCCUCACCACCAGCGCCAUGGCACAAGCCGCCAAACACCUCCGCAAAAACAAGGAUUUAGAAGCCCAGUUGGAGCAGGAGCGCAAAGAGAAGGAGGAGGAGAGGGUUAAAAAGAGGAGUCGCUCACGGGAUAAAAAACGCAAGGCCCACGCUGUGCAUCGCUGGCUAAUCGAUCAGGACAGUAGUGUGAGCUCUGAGAUGCCGGAUGGCCAAGGAGUAUGGCACUAUGAUGAUGAAGCAGAUGCUGGCAAUAGUUUUCUUCGAGCAGCCCGAUCCGGCAACCUGGACAAGGCCCUGGAGCACAUCAAGAAUGGCAUUGAUAUUAACACGGCCAAUCAGCACUGCAUGCAUGGUCCUGCUAACGGGCUCAAUGCAUUGCAUCUGGCCUCCAAAGAGGGCCAUGUCAAAAUGGUGCUGGAGCUGCUUCACAAUGGAAUCGUACUUGAGACCACAACAAAGAAGGGGAACACGGCCCUGCACAUCGCAGCUCUGGCAGGACAGGAGCAGGUGGUGACAGAGCUGGUUAACUAUGGGACCAAUGUCAACGCUCAGUCCCAGAAAGGUUUCACUCCACUCUACAUGGCUGCACAAGAAAACCAUCUAGAGGUUGUGAAGUUUCUUCUGGAGAAUGGAGCCAAUCAGAGCAUUCCAACCGAGGAUGGCUUCACUCCGCUCGCAGUGGCACUUCAGCAGGGACAUGAGAAUGUCGUAGCUCUGCUCAUCAGCUAUGGCACUAAAGGGAAAGUCCGCCUCCCGGCUCUCCAUAUUGCAGCACGAAACGAUGACACACGCACAGCCGCCGUACUAUUACAGAAUGAUCCUAAUCCUGAUGUACUGAGCAAGACCGGAUUCACCCCGCUCCACAUUGCUGCACACUAUGAGAACUUGAACGUAGCUCAGCUGCUGCUCAAUCGAGGAGCAAAUGUCAACUUUACCCCAAAGAACGGCAUCACCCCUCUGCACAUUGCUUCCAGGCGAGGAAAUGUGAUCAUGGUCCGACUCCUGCUGGACAGAGGCGCCCAGAUUGAUGCCAAGACCAAGGAUGAGUUGACUCCUUUGCACUGCGCAGCCAGAAAUGGACAUGUCAGGAUUAUAGAGAUACUGUUGGACCACGGAGCCCCCAUACAGGCAAAAACAAAGAAUGGCCUCUCUCCAAUCCACAUGGCAGCACAGGGGGACCACAUGGACUGCGUCAAGCAGCUCCUGCAGUACAACGCAGAGAUAGAUGACAUCACGCUGGACCAUCUCACCCCUCUGCACGUGGCAGCUCACUGCGGGCACCACCGCAUGGCCAAAGUGCUGCUGGACAAGGGGGCGAAGCCCAACUCCAGGGCCUUGAAUGGUUUUACUCCUUUGCAUAUUGCCUGUAAAAAGAACCACCUCCGUGUGAUGGACCUCCUGCUAAAACACUCAGCAUCGAUAGAGGCUGUAACUGAGUCUGGGUUAACCCCGCUGCAUGUGGCAUCAUUUAUGGGUCAUCUAAAUAUUGUGAAGAUCCUCUUGCAGAAAGGAGCCUCCCCGAGCGCCUCCAACGUGAAAGUGGAGACUCCUCUGCACAUGGCAUCGCGUUCGGGACACUUUGAGGUGGCAGAGUUCUUACUACAAAACGCAGCACCAGUGGAUGCCAAAGCUAAGGAUGAUCAGACACCUCUGCAUUGUGCUGCUCGGAUGGGUCAUAAGGAGCUGGUGAAGCUUUUGCUGGAGCACAAAGCCAACCCGAACUCCACCACCACCGCUGGCCACACCCCUCUACACAUCGCCGCCCGAGAGGGUCACGUCCAAACUGUGCGAAUGCUUUUGGACAUGGAGGCACAGCAAACCAAAAUGACCAAGAAAGGCUUUACUCCACUGCAUGUCGCAUCCAAAUAUGGAAAGGUGGAUGUGGCAGAGCUGCUGCUGGAGAGAGGAGCCAACCCUAAUGCAGCUGGGAAGAACGGUCUGACUCCGCUGCAUGUUGCCGUUCAUCACAACAACCUGGAUGUAGUCAACUUACUUGUCAGUAAAGGAGGUUCACCACAUAGUGCAGCGAGGAACGGCUACACUGCCCUCCACAUUGCAGCGAAGCAAAACCAGGUGGAGGUAGCUAACAGCCUCCUGCAGUAUGGAGCUUCAGCCAAUGCUGAGUCACUGCAGGGGGUCACACCUCUCCACUUGGCGUCGCAGGAAGGCCGCCCUGACAUGGUCUCGUUGCUUAUCUCCAAACAGGCAAACGUCAACCUUGGCAACAAGAGUGGGUUGACUCCCCUGCACCUUGUAGCACAAGAGGGACAUGUGGGCAUUGCAGAUAUUUUGGUCAAGCAAGGAGCUUCAGUGUAUGCUGCCACUCGGAUGGGUUACACACCUCUCCAUGUAGCAUGCCACUAUGGGAACAUCAAGAUGGUGAAGUUUCUUCUGCAGCAACAGGCUAACGUUAACAGCAAAACAAGGCUGGGUUACACUCCUCUGCAUCAGGCUGCGCAGCAGGGACACACAGACAUCGUGACUCUUCUGUUGAAGCAUGACGCCCAGCCCAACGAGAUCACUACUCACGGUACUUCUGCCCUCGCCAUUGCUAAGAGGCUUGGCUACAUCUCUGUGAUUGACGUCCUGAAGCUCGUCACUGAGGAGACUGUUUCCAUGACGACCACAGAGAAACACCGCAUGAGUUUUCCAGAAACUGUGGAUGAAAUACUAGAUGUGUCUGAAGAUGAAGGAAUUGCACAGCUAACUUUAGGAGAGGAACUUUUGGGGACAGAAGGGGCCAGGUACAUGAAGAUGGAUGACAUGAAAGACCAUGAUGCCGAUUUCCUCUCCCCCAAGAAAUCACUGGAGUACGAGAGAGGGCUGGGAACAGCAAAUUAUUCGCCAGCCAUUCCCAGAAUUCCUCGAGUCUCACCAGAAACUGUCAUUCUGAGAGAGCAGGAGAUGGCUCAGCAACACACUCCCCUCCCACUGCCAAAGGAGUAUGACGAGGACUCUCUGAUUCCCAGCAGCCCCGCAACUGAGACGUCCGAUAACGUCAGCCCCGUCGCCAGUCCGAUACACACAGGGUUUUUGGUCAGUUUCAUGGUGGAUGCUCGAGGCGGUUCAAUGCGAGGCAGCAGGCAUAAUGGUCUGCGUGUCAUCAUACCUCCACGGACGUGUGCGGCACCCACCCGCAUUACCUGCCGCCUGGUGAAGCCGCAGAAGCUGACCAGCCCCCCUCCACUGGUAGAAGGAGAGGGGCUGGCCAGCAGAAUCAUUUCCCUGGGUCCAGCUGGCAUGCAGUUCCUUGGACCUGUGAUUGUAGAGAUUCCCCACUUUGCUGCUCUGGGUCGAGGUGAUCGUGAACUUGUGGUCCUGAGGAGCGAGAAUGGCUCAGUGUGGAAGGAGCAUCGCAAUCGCUAUGGCGAUGAGGUGCUGGAGACGAUCUUGAACGGGAUGGAUGAGGAACUUGAAAGUCAAGAGGAACUCGGGAAGAAGAGAAUCCGUCGCAUCAUUUCUACGGACUUCCCGCUUUAUUUUGCUGUCGUGUCGAGAGUACAGCAAGAAAGCGACCUGAUUGGUCCAGAAGGAGGUUCGUUGACAAGUAAACUGGUUCCGAUGGUCCAGGCCACGUUUCCCGAGACGGCAGUCACCAAACGUGUUCGCCUGGGGCUGCAGGCUCAGCCAGUUCCAGAUGAGCUGGUUGCAAAGCUGCUCGGCAAUCAAGCCAACUUUAGCCCCGUGGUCACUGUGGAGCCUCGGCGGCGCAAGUUUCACCGCCCCAUCGGCUUGCGCAUACCACUGCCUCCGUCCUGGAGGGACAGUCCUCGAGACUCGGGAGAAGGGGACACCACUAGCCUGCGUCUUCUCUGCUCUGUCAUAGGUGGUACUGCCUCAGCUCAGUGGGAGGACAUUACUGGCACCACAAAACUUAUAUAUGCCAAUGAUUGUGCCAGCUUCACAACCAACGUGUCGGCACGAUUCUGGCUGGCAGACUGUCCUCGGACAGCCGAGGCCGUCUCCUUUGCCAACCUGCUCUACAGAGAGCUGUCGGCUGUGCCCUACAUGGCAAAGUUUGUGGUGUUUGCAAAGAUGAACGAGCUGCGCGAAGGCCGUCUGCGCUGCUACUGCAUGACUGAUGACAAGAUGGAUAAAACCCUGGAACAACACGAGAACUUCACAGAGGUGGCUCGCAGCAGAGACAUAGAGGUGAUGGAGGGAAUGCCGCUUCAUCUGGAGUGUUCAGGAAACCUUUUACCUGUCAGGAAGGCCACACAGCAGCCUCGCUGCUUCAGUUUCCAGGCUUUUAGGGACAACCGACUUCCUGUCACUGUCAAGGUGAGAGACAGCAGUAAAGAGCCUGCUGGAUUUCUCUCUUUCCUGCGAAAGUCCACCAAGUAUGAGGACAGCCAACAUGUGCUCUGCAACCUGAACAUCACCAUGCCUCCAUGCAUCAAGAUGAUGGGAAGCGAAGAUCGAAGGCGAACUCUGACCCCGCUGGCUUUGAGAGAGAGAUAUAACGCUCUCAACGAGCCUGCAAUGGCAUCAAUGAGCGCCAUGGAGAGGACGGAGCUGAAGAUGGCAGUUAUAGCAGAACAGCUCGGACUGAGCUGGGCAGAAUUGGCCCGUGAACUCCAGCUCAGUGUGGAUGACAUCAAUAAAAUUCGCGUGGAGAAUCCCAACUCCCUUCUCGAGCAGAGCUCAGCUCUGCUCAACCUGUGGGCCACUCGUGAAGGAAAAAGAGCCAAGAUGGAGAGCUUGUACACAGCUCUGAAGAGCAUCGACCGCAUGGACAUCAUCAACAUGUUGGAGGGCCCUCCAGCCCAGCCUGCCAGGCAGGGCUCCCGUGACUUCAGCCGCCGCUGCCAUGACAGAGAGCAUCUCUCCCCGGGUAUGACCAAUGGUUAUGGGCUUGGACAGGAAGAGCUUCUCUCGCCGGCCUCCAUGCAGUACAGCCUACCCUCCCCACUGGAGGCUGAGCCUUACUGGCAGGAAGUUUCCAGUCUGGACUGUGCACCCAUUGCCACCACAGAAGAAGACACUCUGAUGGAGAUGUCGGAUGUGCAGGUGUGGCCCUCGGGCAACAGCCCAUCCUUGGUGCCCGUGGAGGACUCCUCCCUGGAAUGCAGCAAUGCCGACGACUCGGAAGGUCUGCUGGGGUUGCCACGAGGAAGUCUGGGUCGGCCGGCCAGUCAGGCCAGCGCAGCCAGUGGAGGGGGUGGGAUUCUGAGUGGUUCCAUUGAGCUGCCAGAAGACGACUCAGAGAUGGGUGUUGACUCACUGAGCACCACAACGCCAGCCUCGCUGGGGGGCACCAUCGCUGGAAUCAAUCUUAAUGGGCUGAACAAUGGUCAGGGGUCUGAGGCGAGCUCAGAGUUCUCGGCAGUCACAAGUACGACUGGUGGUGACGGAGCUGGAGGAGGAGGAGGGCGAGAAGGCGGAGCGGGUUCAGAGGAAGGACUUUCUCUCAUUGCAGGACAACAAAGAGUGUAUGCUCGAUUAAGUGAGUCACCUGGUCUGAGCUGUGUUGCAGAUCGGAAUGGAGACAGGUCAGAUAAUGUUGGAAAUGGGGGAGGAGGGGGCUCUUUCCUUUCCUACCUUCAGGAGCAAACAGGCCCCGGGUGGAUUCCUGUCACCGACCCAACUCAAGCAUGGGUCGGCAUCCAGUCCAAGUCCAGACACGUCAUGGACAGCAUGAUUUCAUCAGUCCAUAACUCUGCGGAUGGAGACCCGUCCCAUGUGUCCCAAGAGGCCUUGCUUCAGCCUGUAAGAGACAUGGGACACUCUGAGAUCUUAAGAGGACAAUUCAGAGGUACCCAGCCAUUCGAGAAGGGUUUGGGAUUUCCUCACAGGGUGCCAGAGCUGAGAGCCUGGGAUGAUGUGCGUCUAAAAGGCCAGGGUGAUGAGGUUGAAGAUCUGCCUGGGGAACAAGUGAGUGAAGAACAAUUCACAGAUGAGCAUGGAAACAUCGUCACAAAGAAGUCCGAUUCUGUGGAUGUGAAGAAAGGUGCUCAGAUAGUGAAAUGUGCCAGUCUGCGGAGAGUUAAGCAGUGAAUUCUGCGGCCCCACAGAGUUCUUCGCAGGAUUCCCUCCCUUCUUCAAAACCAUCGUACACGGACACAUGACGAGCAGCCGGUGACUGGAGAAAGACCACCCAUCAAAAAGCAAAAAAGCCGAAAUGAAGACCCCAACACUAUUACAACCCCUAUGCCAACUAUGAGCACGCAUCAGAGGAAACGGAUACAGAUCAACCCAUCGUUUUUAAUUACCUUCUUUUUUUUUAAAGAAACUUUGGGACUGGGGGGGAAUCUACUAGGGUAUAAGCAUGAUUUCAUAUAAAACAAAAACAGAACACAAACAAAAAAAAAAAAACUAGCAACCAAAAUUGUGCUUCCUGUAAUCUGUAUCAGCAUGAGUGACUGCUGCCGCAUGGCCUGUCUUCAACUACAAAUACUGGGGGUGAAUGGGGCGGGGAUGGGACAGGCAUGCAAUGUAGGUCAAUAACUGACCCCUUUUCUAAACUAACAGGGAAAAGCUCAUAAGUCAGCGUGACUUUAAAAAAAUAAAAAAAGGAAUUGAAAAACAGAAAAACACGUUAUCUCUAGGUAGCAGGUUGUCCCUCUCCUCCACACCACAGAGGUCAAACUUGUCUCAGUGCUCUCUAAACCCAGUGAAGCUACACUUAUCACCCCAAAAGAUCAGUGUUGUACAGAAUAUUGUAUGCACUAAAAUGCUUUAUGUGACUGUGUGUUACCUGUGUUGUUUUUGUUCUUAGAUCCUUAUGUGACGUCUCAGAUGCUGCUGCUUGAGAUCCAUUGGAAGUUCCUUCAUUUUUCCUGUUGGGUUCUUUUGGUCAGAACCUCUAUAAUAUUCUAUAUAUCUACAGAUCUUUGUGGUUAACGGAACAUGAGGAUGUUGUGUUGCUUGUUUUGAACGUUGGAUUUAUGUGGGUCCAGUUGUUAGUUUGUGCUUUCACUCUUUGUUUUAGACAUGCAGACUGCAGGGAGGGAAGGGGGGUAAUCUCAGAUUACUGCCUCCCUCUGAUUGGGUUCUAGCUUUGUGAGGAAAGUUCAAUGCAACCUGAACCUUCCUGAAAUAUUUGACUGUAAGUGACGAGCUAGCCUUCCCUUUCUUAGCCUAAACCUGCUCUGUGUGGUUUCUUUGUGAGGCUUGUGUUCAUGACUCUCCACCCCAUCGCCGCCUUCCAUUCUCUUGUCCCGUCACGGUCGGUCUCCAGGAGCAGAUGUAGCAGUCCUGUCUUCCUCCAACGGUUCUGGGAUCCCCACCUUCAGAUCCCAGCUGUGUCUCGACCUCAUCGUGCAGCGUUUGACACCGCUUAUGCAGCCUCUCUGCACCAGAAGAUGUCACUUGAUGAGGUAGCUGAAACCCUGGUAAUGAUGUAGCACUGGUUUGAUUGGGCACAUUGGAUGUAAGGGGAGCUUUAUGUCGAGGGAGAAGCUUAAUAAUGGUCGUCUCUUCGGAGUGUAGCAAAGACAGUCACCAAUCACUGUGAUGAGAAACUGUAUUACUGACCCCCAACUGUGAGCCUGACCUGUCCCUCAUGUCACUUUUUACUUGGGCGUCUCGUCGUCUUCGUCAUUUCCUUCUGUCUUGAGUGUGUUUCAGAAGUAGCAAUAACUGCUUACGUGAGGAAAGUAAUGCUUGAGUGGGUGUGUGUGGCAAACAAGGGCAGAUAGGAGUUUACGGUUGUUCUGUGCUGGAGUUUGGGGCUCCUCCUCAUUCUUUACAGAAAUGAUGUCAGUGCGUUCGCAUCCCAUCAGCAUAAACUUCAAAUCAACUCAUCUCCUCUAUAUAUUUAUUUAUUUCCAUUUUUAAAGACAAUUUCUCUUAAAUUGCAUUGACAUAUACAAUAAAUUCUGCUGUGGUGUAUAUGAGAGUGAUUAAUAUUUUAACACCACGUAUGUAGAGGAAACAAUGUCCAUGUUAAUGUCAGAUAUUAACACUUCAAAAGGACUAUUUCUAUCAUCUUUUUAUGAGUUAAAUGAGUGUCAUCUCACAUAAUGACAUUAAUAACAUGCAUUUAUUUCAUAUGUUGCUUCAUUAUUCUUUACUUUAAAAUAAUAUAUAUAAAGUCACAGAAAUGUUGCAAUAAACAUACACUAACAGUGUUGGCUCAAAAGCCAGAGAUGAUGAAUGUAGUCGUGGUGAAUUGUUCUAAAGUGGUCAUCUGUGUUAGCUCUGUACUUUAGUAGAGAGUAUAUGGAAUAAUAUCUGCAUUUUUAUGAUUUCAUUAUUUCAAAGAUGAAGGGGAAAGGUUUUAGGUAUUAAAUCUCCAGAAUGGUUUUAUGUGGAUGCUUUUCUAGAUUUUAUUUUACUACCACAAAAGUUAAAUUGCAAGUUUCUCUCUACAGCAGAAUGUUAUUUUCAGCUAUAUUUAAUUUUUUUUAAAGGUAUAUAAAAGAAUACUAAUAUAUAUAUAUAUACAUAUGAGCUUACAUAUUUUGGUAAAGAAGCAAGCUAUGUUUUUUAUUACAGCAUCACGAGAAUUCUUUUCUUUUUGUGGGAUUUUAAUUUAAGUUUGAGUAUCUUUUGUUUUCCAUCUCAGCAAUGCAGGAGGCUAACAGUGGAGCUGGUUUAUCUGGUAAAAGGGACUACUGCUGUGUAAGAACCGAAAACAUCCAUUUAAUUUGACAAAAGUAUUGAAACUAGAGAGAGUUGUAUGAAAAAAAAGUUAAGUUUAUUGUCACUUAAGCUUGUUCUCCUUUAUUUUCAUUCAUAAAAGUUUGCUUUUAUUUACUCAAAAUAGGCUAAAAUUAUGUUCCAUUCUAGAAGCUUGUGUUUUGGGUGAUUUCUAAAGCAGUGGAACCUAUAAAUCCACUCUUGAUGUCAGGGUUAAAGCAAAAGGUAGGUUUUGUGGCUUCACAAAGACAUGCGGUCUUCCUCAAAGCAGCCUUCCCACAAUUCUUUUCUGCCCUCGUACCAAAGGUGAGACUGAGACUUCCAAUAUGGCGACUGAAUGUGUUUGAGAAAGGAGUCAAAUAAAUGCAAGCAAAGGGAGUCGUGGUCGUGAAAGAGGAAAAACUUGACAGUCCUGGACUCAAGGGACUGAGAGGAUACCAUGCACCAAUUUCAUGCAAAAAUAUAAACUUGCAAAAACUAGAGAAUACGUGUAUAUUCCUUUAGAAUGGUUUGGAGACAUUAUUGCAAUAGCAUAUUACUCAAUACUAAGGAAUGCAACUGCGCACAUGCACAGAAGAUGUUUUUAAACAUGAAAAGAUAUACAUAUAUAUAUAUACAUAUAUAUAUGUAUGUAUAAAAUAAAAUAUAUAAACAAAUAUAUUUACUUAGAAUGCUAUGCACCCUACCUGUCAACUGGGAUUCUAGUUAUGUUAUGGAUGUACUUUUAGCAUCAUACAGCCGUAGCUACCAAGAGACUGUUGAGUUCUGGGUAAUGCCUGCAACAUGGGGACAAAUAGGGGUAUCGUGGGUAUUUUAACUAGUUUUGUUUGCUUUUUUUUAUUGUCAUGGAGAGUCAAAGAUGGAUUUAAAAAUAUACUUGUAAAAUCCUUUUAAUCCAAUCAAAAUACAAGGACAUCUAUUGACAAUUUACUCUGUACACCAGCUCAACAUUUACAAAAUUAAUAAAGAAAUGAAAUGUC